AUGGUGAUAAAUGACUUUAUCUAUCUUGAGAUAGAUAAAAGGUGUAAUGGAAAGUGUAAUUGUACCGAAAAGAUAGGUGAUUUUGACGCGAAAAGGGAGGAUGUUAUCUCAGAUGUCAUUGGCUUUAACAAAUAUAGUCACAAACUAAAGGAUGAACAAACAUUUACUCUAAAUAGAAGACUUGGUAAAAAUGAGCAACUAGAAAAUGAAGUUCAACAUGUUAAGAGUGUUGCUGUUUAUUACUGGGAUGGAGAUCCAGGAUACACAAAACCCCUUCUCCUGGAGGUAAAAACUGGCAGUAAUACGCAGUACUACUACAGAUAUGAAGAAGGAGAGAGUGAGGCACUUGGCAAUGCAACAAUUUGGAAAUACGUUCAAGGUGAUCACAAACUACAAGACAGACUUGAUGAUAGAAACUGUGGUAGAAAUGGAGCUGUUCCUCUAAAUCUACAGAAUCUCACGUCAGACAAAUGUUUUAUAAGUUCCAGUUGUCUAAAGAAGGAAAGAAAUAUCGCAGAAUCCAUCUAUCAAUCUCCAAAAGGUCCUCCCGGAGGUGAAUACACUGUUAAGGAGUACACUAUUAAUGGUGGAGCAAAAAUCUCCAGAGUUACACAUGGUAAACAAAAUGUUGAUGGUAUUGAUCUUACUAAGAAUGGGAUAUCCAAGGUUAGAGUAUACUCACAAGGAAAUGUAGGUAGUACAAAUCCUCCCCUAAUGCUUCAGUUUAUACCAAAGGGUGGAACAGAAGAAUCUAAGUGGUUCUAUAGCACAAACAGAGACGGUAAUAACUGGGAAAGUGUUGAUGAAGAAAAGUCGGAGGCCUUUUAUGAUACUGGACACCAGCCACAAGAGGCACUUACAACUGGACUUGAUGAUGUUAGGUGUUUUCGUGACAGUGAGGUUACUAUUAAUCUUACAAAGAGUAUAUCUGAAGGAGAUCAGCCAUACUGUUGUCAUUACCACGGUACUAGCGGUAUGGUCUCUGUUACUCCUGUCACAGUUUCUUGUACAAACCCUAGUCACAGAACAAGUCACCUUACAGCUUAUAAACAUUCCAUUUCUGGUGAUAGUUUGAAGCUUGCUGGUAUUAAGUUCUAUCUCAAUGGUGAUAAUGCUGGUAAUACUCCUAGGACGAGGAUAAUCUUAAACACACAAAGAUUUCCCAUAUCUAGUCCUGUUAGUAUUUAUGCCUUUUAUUGUACAGGGAAUGAUCCACUUCUCAUCUAUGUUGAUUCAUCCCAAGCUAAUGUUAAGGGAUGGUACAAGAAAGGUGACUAUGGCGGUCAAUCAUGGAUUAAACUUAAUACAGAACUCGGUGAUACUACACCUGAUAAUUUCAGUACUCUAAACUGUGGACAAUGGAAGGCACUCAGAGAAGUACUGACGGGUUUUGGCUGUGCUGACUUGAAAGAAUGUCCUCCUGACAACUCUUCUAUUUGGGUUAAACUCUUUGGAGGUGGCGGUGCCUCAGCCGUUGGCACAGGAGGUGCAGCCUAUGGUGGUUGGUAUGCCUGGGUCAAUUACUUUCUUGACCCUCUCGUACGCUUAAUAUAA